AUGAACACUACAGAGGAAUUAUUAACAACACAAAUAACUGAUGACACCGAAUUCACAGAAGAAGAAACACAACCCAAAAAAGGCGUCUUGGUUAUGUCGACAUGGACGUAUUUGAUAUUAAUCAAUUUAAUCACAUUUCUCAUUACGUUGCAUUCAAUGGUGUACUUUGUCACCCCUCUAAACACUAUUGAAACUCAAGUCAAAAAUAACAUCACUUCAACGGAAACAUUCACAGUACAACAGUCUAAUAGUUAUCGUCCUUCAAACCAUAAUUGGAAGGAAGUCAUGGCUAUGACUAUUAUAGACUCCGUGGUCGAACAAACAUCACAGAAUUCUGAAGUGUUAAAUGAAGAAGCGUAUGACCGUAUUUUAAGCGCUUUGCUUUCAAAGAAUGACACGUUCGAAGAUUUUAUUGAAUCAAUUAAAACAACUCCAUUUACUACACAACUUGAUGAUAAAACGGAACUCCUCUUUUACUUCUCGAAUGUCAAACAACACUCAUUCUUCCCAAAUUUCAAGAAAGAAUUGUUGAACACACGAGUCGGCAUUAUGAAACAAGGAUACUUCUUGGCAAAGAGAGACAAACUCUAUAUCAACCAAAUUUCUAAUGAUGGCAUCUUCCAACCAGGCCCUUUGAGACAAAUCACUCCAUUCCCAGAUCAACCCAAUUCAGUGUACUUUGACCCCGCCUUUUAUGAAGUGGUUGGGUUCGAUAACAAUUUCAUAACCCGACUUGAUGUAUCACCACUUGUAGCAUCAACUUCGGGCACAGAAGAAAGAGAAGAAGGAGGUGAACAGAACUUUUUUACAAAAGGAGGGUUCUUCCUUCGAAGUCCAUGGGGAAAUGAGACUUGGGAAAAUCUGAAUUCUCUUUUAAUGAAAGAAUCGACACCAUCAAUAUCGAAAUACUCCAUGAGGUCUUGGUUGGCUUGUAAACGUUCAAAUCUCGACAAAGAUGAAUGCACACACUUACGAUGUAAGAGUGGAACAAACACAACUUUAUACAAUGAAUUGUGUAGCCAAAACGUGAUGAUUGUAGGAACAGUAAAUGAGGGGUAUCCAAUGAUAGCGUCUGAUAAAUUGUCAUGGAUGUAUUACAAAGAAAAUGAUGAAAAACAAUACAAAAUGUUUGAUGUUAUUGUAGAUGACAUUCUUGAACCAAUUGAAGGAACUGUAUUACAACACCAACAAUCAAAAUAUGGAUAUGGCGCAGUAUCAUAUGCGGUACUCUCAGAAAUGGAAACAGAAGUUUCUUCUUUAACUGGUGCUGGAUAUGCUACAUUUAACGUUAAACUCGAACUGAGUACGACUAAGUAA